CAAGCAUUAAACACGCAGAGUCCUCCGGUGUUCCAACUCCCACCUACCCGGCUGCUCGAAACUCCGAAGUGAACGUGAGAAGUACAUGUUUUUCGAGAUACAGAGAGAUAUUUCUCGGAGAGAUUAAAGAGGUUCAAGAACGUGGCAAAAAUGCUGUUUUUUGUGCUGCUUCUGCUCUCUUCUGCGGCGGUGCUACCCACCGGAGAUGCGCUGUGGCUGGACUUGCCGAGCUCGGGAACCAAGUGUGUGUCGGAGGAAAUCCACAACAACGUCGUUGUUUUGGCCGAUUAUUACAUCAUCGGAGACGAGGCACAUACAGUCAUCCCGACCAUUUCCGUCCAGGUGACAUCACCAUAUGGCAACAGUCUUCACCAUCAAAAGAAUGUAACACAUGGUCAAUUUGCAUUUACAACAACCGAGACUGGUUACUACUUCGCAUGUUUUUGGAUGGAUGGAAACUUAUCAGCGACUAACAAAGGCGCAACUGUUGGCCUUGACUGGAAGACAGGAAUUUUUGCAAAGGAUUGGGAAUCAGUUGCAAGAAAAGAAAAAUUAGAGGGAGUCAAUCUUGAGUUAAUGAAACUUGAAGGAAUAAUUCAAGCCAUCCAUGAAAAUUUGAAGUAUAGGAAAGAGAGGUAACUGUUUACGUGCCAGUACUUGCAGAAUGAUUAUUCAUUACAUAAGAAACACUGUUUCACUUUUUUCUAAUGUUAUAUGGCUAGCCUUGUGCAUAUCAAAUAUUUGCCUCCACCUAUACUUUUUGCAGUUUAUUAACCUUUUGAAUGCAAACAACAGUAACUGCGAUGGCCAAUAACAAUAUAGAGGUUAAAACCAACAAUUUUGGUAGCUUAUAGGCGCCCAAAUUAUCCCCCCUGCGCUCCAAUUCUUUGAAGUGUUUUGAGUGGUUCAUUAACCUCUUAAAUGGUUUUUCAUGUAUACACUAAAGUGCAUGUAUCAAGACUUUAUGAUAGAAUUUAGGACUAGACUGAGAUGAUUCAACUAGGCCAUCAAGCCCUUAGUUCAUUAUAAGGCAUGAUAAACUUAUUUUUUCUCUCUCAUUGGUAUUUGGGAUUCUAACACUAUAUCUAUGUGGACCUUUGAUUUGAAAGUAUGUGAGGAAGCCACUUAACAAAAGAAAGAAGAAAAAAUAAUUUGUUGGUUGGGGAAGUGGUUGAACUAACUAUUACUGAUGAGUGGUGUUCUAUAAUGUGUGCAGGGAAGCAGAGGCAAGGGAGGUGAGUGAGAAAACCAAUGCGAGAGUGGCUUUGUUGAGUAUAAUGUCCAUUGGCAUCUGUGUAUUUGUUUCAUCCCUGCAACUAUGGUAUUUGAGGAACUAUUUUCAAAAGAAAAAGCUCAUAUAAUAUUCAUGCUUCUAAGUUCUAACCUUUUCCUUAUAGAAUGUCUCAAAUACUGGUUGUCACCUUCAAUUUAUACGUCUAAAUCUGUAUCAAUGAUAAAUAUAUGUCACACUUGCUUUCGAGCCUCUGUGAUCGGCUACGGUUGUAAUCUCAUUACAA